UAUAUAUAUAUGCAACAAAAUAAGCCAACAUCCAAUUGCUCUAGAAAAUUUAUACUCUCUCAAAAAAUGCCAAAGAUCAUGUGGAAGAGCCUCCAUCUUUGCUUCCCGUCAAAUCUCACCAAAUGCUACUCUUCGCCGUGCCUUCCUCCAUUGGCCGCCGCCGCUGCUGAGGACGACGAUCCCAGCCGUCCCUCUAUCGUUCUCAUCAACAACUUCAACCUACUCUACCACAACGACCACAACAACUAUCACCACCGUGUCGUUGACUUACCUUCCUCAUCCACCGCCACCACCUUCUCCUCUUCUGCCACGUCAUCAUACGAAUCCGAGAGCCAAGACAUUUCUCCUGAAUUAUCCGCCGCUUUCGCUUCCCGUCGCUUCUUCUUCUCUUCCCCUGGCCGAUCAAAUGCAAUCACCGACUCACCGGAAACACGGUCAAGAGAACUCUCUGAUAAUAGCGACAGUGCCACGAUCAAGACACCAAAGAAGACGAAGUACGACACUAGCAUGAACACCACGAGGCUUCUAAGCGGAGGUUCCGCCGUGAAGCAACACGUGUACUCACCGGAUCCGUUAACUGACUUCCGACGGUCAAUGCAGGAGAUGAUUGAUGCCGCCAUCGAAGCCGGAGAUCUUAGCCAUCCCGACGAGGGUUAUGAUUACUUGAACGAGCUGCUUCUCAGUUAUCUAGCGUUGAAUCCAACCGACAUGCACAAGUUCAUCAUAAGGGCUUUCUCCGACAUCAUGGUUUCACUCUUGUCGGAAGAACGUCGGAUAUGAUAACGCCGCGGCCGCCUGGAUAAAAAAUGAUCGUGUAAUAAAUGACCCACGUGAUUUUAUUAAUUAAGUCGAUGGACCUAACAUCUUUUUUACAUUAUCGUCUCCAAGGAAGAGAAGCUAGCUAACUACUAACAAUUUUAUCUCUUUUUUUUUGUAUUUUGUAUUUUUUAUUAAAUAAACAUCAACAGAGGUGAACUAAUGGCUGUAAAAUGGUAAAUAUAUAAUGGAAUUAGCGGGGGAUAGAAAGGAA